AUGGGCGAAGAAACGACGCGAGCUGAUGAGGACGUUGAAAUUCUAAAAUGCAUGUACCCCGAGCUUGAGGUUGCUCAGGAAUCUGAACAUUUGAUUGAAGCCAGGUUAGCUUUCACGAUCUUGAGCCUUACGGAGGUGAAUGUGACAUGGGGAUCUAAUGAUUCCCUUGCUCCUGAAAACCGUGAAGUCCGCAUGCCGAAUUUCCCGGGAAAUGAGAUACGGAUUGUGUGCCAGAGGAAGCACUACCCCGAUUUCAAACGUGGACUGCAUUACAGCAUCAAAUCCGAAUGGAUGACGGAAGCAGACAUCAAACGGCUCGAUAGCGAGAUAAGCCAGGAAUUUGCGUGCCAGUGUGAAAGCGAAUCCGACAGCUUUGAUACUAGUUUUCCCUUGCUUAUGAUGCUGUUCGACUUCCUCAUCAACAAUUCUUCGCCAGUGCUGUUUCCUCUUGACGAGUAUAAGUGCGAGACAUGGAAACAAUUCCAAGUCAUUAAAAAACUUAAGGAUGAGAUUUCACAGCUCGAGUUUGAUUCAUUGAAGCUGGACUGUUGCAUAUGUCUCGAGACAAAAAGAGGCGCCGACAUGGUGAAGCUGCCGUGUAAUGAGCACGUUCUCUGUAAAGCGUGUGUGGAAUCAUACUACUCCACCAUGAUAUCGGAGGGUCGAAUCAACAACGUAAGAUGUCCGGAAUGUCCGUAUUCGGAAGUUACUCCUUCAGAUUAUAACAAUUUCAAAGAGCUCAAAGCUGCGCUGAUGACUCCUGUUAUUCCAUUCAAGUUUUUUGAGGGUCUCCUCAGUGCUGGAACCUGUGAAAGAUACGAAAAGUUCUUUUACGAGCAAGCUUUUGCAGCCCUGUACCAAUUUAGUCCCUUCUCUUGCAUAGUGUGUCCCAGAUGUGAGAGUUGGGCACCCAAAGAAGAUGUCGACGACGAAAUGGCGUUAUGCCCAAAGUGCGAAUUUUCGUUCUGCGUUUUCUGCCUUCAUUCCUGGCAUGGGAGCAGAAAUCUUUGCGGCAACUCUUACACGGUUAAAAACGAAAUAGUGGAGGAGUACAGUAGCGAAGACACAGCGCCAGAAAGAAAGCGGGAAAUGGAGAUGAAGUAUGGCCGGAGAACAUUGCAAAUGGCCGCCGCUGAUGCGGUUGCAGAGAAGCUUUUAGAUAUAGCCAUCGCAGAAGAAAGCUCAAAUCUGAAGCGUUGCCCAAGUUGCCGUACUGUCAUCCAGAGGACUGAUGGCUGUAAUAAUAUGAGAUGCACAGUCUGUUUUAACUUCUUUUGCUACUUAUGUGGCGAAGCCCUGGAUAAGUUAGACCCCUAUCAUCACUUUAGCGAGCCCUUAUCUAAAUGUUAUGCGCGCCUCUUUGAAGGCAUGCCCGGCAUUGUGGCUCCACUGUAG